AUGACAGUGCCGCUCGAGGCCACAUCGUUGGCCAAAGAGGCCUUGAAAGCCGCCGAUGAUGCACGCAAAGCACAGCAACGUUUGCAAAUGCUAAAGAAGCGAUAUGGCAUGAUGAAAACCAAGGGAGGCGCUACCACUGCGGCAACACGAUCGACCACUCCUACCAAACAAGUCGAGGAAGCUCCAGUUCCCAUCAAGAAUGUUAUUGCUCCGCCCAGUCCUAUCAAACCAACAGUGGUGGAUGUACACAAGCAGCACCACGACCACAACCAUCACGAAGAAUCUUCCACAGACUACACCGUCGAGACACGAGGCACUGGAAGUGUCGUUGGCAGUGUCGCCACCCAUGAAAACAACCAUGAAAGCAACUAUGAAAAUAACCAUGAAAGCAACCGAAUUGAAGAUGCAUUGGCAUCGCUAGGGCCUCCACCACCGCCGCCGCCACCACCCAAGGUAAUUCGGGCCGUCUCUCCCAGAAACAGUAGCGAAGAGACUUCUGGGCCUGCCGACGAAACACGAUGCGAUGAACAAGAGGUACAUCACAAGACCAGCAUGAUGACGUCACAAACCAAGGAGGCUGAAAUCGUUGCUGCCUCGCGAUCCAUGGAAACCGAAGAACGAGAAGAACAUGCUGUUACCGAGAAGGAUGAGACUAAGGUUGUGGUCGAGCAAAAGCAGCAGCUUGCUUCCAAGGAGCCUGCUGCUGCUCCAAUAGAAAGUGCUACUGGGCAAGAAAUUGACGUUGACGAAUCCUCCACCGACGAUGAUGACAGUCAUGGUGCUGCCGUGUCGGAAUGGACGGAACCACAACCUCAAGACGAGAAGCAAACAGAUACUCUUCUGGAAGAAGCACGCAAUGAAGAGCUUCCUACCCCACGACUACCACAAGAACAACCCACUCCUGUUACUACCCAAGCACCAAGAGAGGUGCCAGAGGAAAAGCCUGUGGAAUCCCAGCCUAUUCCCGAGCCAACUCCUCAACCUUCCGCCACAGUUGUGGAAGAACAACUUGUUGUGGAGGCAAGCCCCAAACAAGAGGUCACCCAAAAGGAGGUCAGGCAACAAGAGAGAACACGACCCAAGGUUUUCUCCUUCUACGAAGCACAAACAGCACUUCCAGUUGUUCAAGAAGGAAGUGAAGACUCUGGUCACUCCCGGGAAGAAGCAGAGUUGGUGCAGCCCGUCGAGAUGGCUCCAGCAGUCGAGCCUGUUAUUACAAUGCAGGAACCAAAGAAAGAAAUCCCUUCGUCCAACCCAACCGCCCAAAUUGCCAAGAAGAAGGAAGAUCCGCAAGAAGCCCAUCCCCUCGUGACCACGGUACAACCGAAUCAGCAAGAAGCACUACCUGCUCAUCACAGGAGAGAAGCAAGUGGAGUGACGAGACCUGCUUACUUGGAAGCUAGCGCCAUUAUAGAUGGGGUGGAAACUGGUCCUAAACCCACCUCGCCACAACAGCAACCUGUUGUGAGACAGCAACCUGUGGGAAAAGCCAUGCCCGCGAUGGCCGUCUCGACACCACCGGCUAGUCGCUACUACGUCGCGUCGGAGACCCUGCAACCUGUUGAUGAGCUUCAGCAGCGUGUCGCUGCCAUUCCCGAAACCAAGGAUGACGUGCCAGCACCUCAUGUGCACGAAAACUAUGGUGCCUACCAUCACCCCUACCAGUUUGGGGAUGAUGUUUCGGUUUUGACAGAACAUAUGGGAUACCCAAAGCAAAUCAGUCCCAGACAUGUCAACAGGGAACCCAUCGCAGAAGAGCCGCUCAUGUAUCAAGAGCCUAUCGCAGAAGAGCAACUCGCCUAUCGAGAGGCACCCAUGCCCAUGCAAAUGCCUAGGCGACCUGUCAAUGAAGAAUCGUCCCUUUAUGGGGACGCCCCAGAAAUGGACAUGCGUCACCAAGGUCACCAAGGUCAUCAAGGUCACAACCAAGGCCACCAAGGAAACUUUGGUGAGGCUGAAACACCUCGCUUCCGAAAUUCUGGCCCCUUGAGUCCUCGAAGUGAUCCUGUUGGACAGCUCGAACCAGAUCAAAAUGAUCCUCGUCAACCUGACCUCCAAGAUCCACCGCAAAUCAACACAAGACAAUUUGAUCAUGAAGCAGGACGAGGAAUAGAGCCUUCAGAGAUAAAGAUGCAGCCUCUUGUUAGUCAUCUUCGAGGCAGAGCUGAGCCUGAAGCUCGGAAUCAACGUCAACGCAAUAAUGUACCACGACCAAAUCGAAGGGUUCAACUUUCAGUCGACCCAUACUCUCCAAGGCAAGUGGAGGCACCUGAAACCGUAAGUCCUUUGUCAGCAUCUGGACAAAGUACUGCUGGUCGCUAUCCCCAGAGCCGUGCCGCACCUUUGGGGUACAACACUCCAUAUGGCGGCUAUGCUUCUGGUAGUCCCAUUGUUUCGAACAUGCCACAAGUGCAGCACCGAUACAUCACAACACGAAGUGGUGCAGCCUCUGUUGCUUCUUAUCACCGUAAUUAUUACCCAGGGGAUGCAACUGUGAUGUCACAUCAACCAAUGAUGCAUAGUCAUGGUUCUGGUUCUCCUAUGCAUUACGGCGGUGGUCGCAGCGUCUCUUCAAUGCCGCACCAACAUCCGCAAUUUUUCCCUCCAGGAGGAGGCGGUCACGCUUCCUUUCACGAACAUCACUAUGUUCCAAGUGGGGCAGGCAGUGUGGCACCAAGUACUGGGGGAGAAACUAUCAUUUCGGUGCGCACAAAUGCAAGAGGAAACAGGGUUGUAAAGAAACUUGUCAUGGUCGAAGAAGAGAAUGAGACGGAUCCAGUUGUUGCCUUCUGUGAUAUGAUGAGUAUUGACAAGAUGUGUGGAAUUGAGUUUGAUGAACAAUAUAAGGUUGUUGAAGAGGAACUUCCACCAGAGCCAUUGACAGCAGCAGAUGUCGGACGCAAUGCUGCAAUGGGGAAGAAGGUUUUCAAUGAAAACAACUACACCGAUCCAUUUGCGGGGAGACACAAUGACUCGAGCCUUUGUGGGUUGCUUUAG